UUUCGGGCGGUCACUUAGAUAUCGUCGAGUUCUUAUUAAACAAUGGGGCAAACGUAAACGCAGAAGACGAAUCGAGUUGGACCCCUUUGCAUAUUGCCGCAUCAAUAGGAAAUUUGGAGAUCGCCGAGAGACUUUUGCAGGCCAGUGCGAAGAUCAAUGUCCAAAAUGAUAACGGUCUUACGCCUUUACACUAUGCAGCUUCCAGGAAUAAGAUUGAGAUCGGAAAAUUGUUAUUAGAUGAGGGAGCCGAUAUUAACAUUCUGGAUAAAAACAACCAAUCGCCGCUUCAUCGCUGCGCAGUUCACGGUUACACCAUCUUUGCCAAAUUAUUGUUGGAGAAAGGUAUCAAUCCAAACGUAAGAGACAAGGUCAAGAAUACACCGUUGCAUUUGGCAUGCGAGGAAGGACAUGGCGACUGCGCGCUGGCAAUCAUUGAAAACGGAGGGGACGUGACUAUUGAAAAUGGGGAAAAGAAAACGCCCCUAGAUGUGUGCGGUAAACAGCUGAGGAAUUUCAUCCUACAACAAACCUCAACUGGGUGA